AUGGAGAAUGCCAAGAACACCACGUCCGAAUCGGACCCGGAGGACACAAGUGGACAUGCUCCAGUGAUGGCGACGACCGAGACACAGCAACCACGUGUGCAAAAUGCAGCCAAAAGCCACGUGUACAAGACUCGUAGUAAAAAACCAUCUGUUGGCGCCACCGCCUUCACUUCUGGCCAGCAGCUGCACUCUACUGCUGCUCCCGCAACUCCUGGCGCCACCGCCUUCACUUCUGGCCAGCAGCUGCACUCUACUGCUGCUCCCGCAACUGCUGGCGCCACCGCCUUCACUUCUGGCCAGCAGCUGCACUCUACUGCUGCUCCCGCAACUGCUGGCGCCACCGCCUUCACUUCUGGCCAGCAGCUGCACUCUACUGCUGCUCCCGCAACUGCUGGCGCCACCAACCUCAAUUCUGGCCAGCAGCUGCACUCUACUGCUGCUCCCGCAACUGCUGGUGCCACCAACCUCAAUUCUGGCCAGCAGCUGCACUCUACUGCUGCUCCCGCAACUGCUGGCACCACCAACCUCACUUCUGGCCAGCAGCUGCACUCUACUGCUGCUUCCGCAACUGCUGGCGCCACCAACUUCACCUCUGGCCAGCAGCUGCACUCUACUGCUGCUGCUCCCGCAACUGCUGGCGCCACCGCCUUCACUUCUGGCCAGCAGCUGCACUCUACUGCUGCUGCUCCCGCAACUGCUGGCGCCACCGCCUUCACUUCUGGCCAGCAGCUGCACUCUACUGCUGCUCCCGCAACUGCUGGCGCCACCGCCUUCACUUCUGGCCAGCAGCUGCACUCUACUGCUGCUCCUGCAACUGCUGGCGCCACCGCCUUCACUUCUGGCCAGCAACUGCACUCUACUGCUGCUCCCGCAACUGCUGGCGCCACCGCCUUCACUUCUGGCCAGCAGCUGCACUCUACUGCUGCUCCCGCAACUGCUGGCGCCACCGCCUUCACUUCUGGCCAGCAGCUGCACUCUACUGCUGGUCCCGCAACUGCUGGCGCCACCGCCUUCACUUCUGGCCAGCAGCUGCACUCUACUGCUGCUCCCGCAACUGCUGGCGACACCGCCUUCACUUCUGGCCAGCAGCUGCACUCUACUGCUGCUCCCGCAACUGCUUGCGCCACCGCCUUCACUUCUGGCCAGCAGCUGCACUCUACUGCUGCUCCCGCAACUGCUGGCGCCACCGCCUUCACUUCUGGCCAGCAGCUGCACUCUACUGCUGCUCCCGCAACUGCUGGCGCCACCGCCUUCACUUCUGGCCAGCAGCUGCACUCUACUGCUGCUCCCGCAACUGCUGGCGCCACCGCCUUCACUUCUGGCCAGCAGCUGCACUCUACUGCUGCUCCCGCAACUGCUGGCGCCACCAACUUCGCUACUGGCCAGCGGCUGCCUACCCCAGUUGCUCCUCAAAAUGACAGCCUCCCCUACUCAGGAUUUGCCAGCCCUUCACAGCAGGUCUUCGUGCAAUGUGACGUAGAUUCCGAAUCUGAGGAGUACGGAGAGGGUGCCGACGAAUUCGACGAGAUCUUCAACAACGUGACAGCGGGAACUGCAUCUCCGGCUGUUGCUGCCAGCGGGUCCAAUGCUGCGGCAUCCACCCAUGCUGGUGUGGCACGUACGUCUGAGGGGAUUAACAACGCUACAGUGCUUGCUGCAGGUGAUGUCAUCUCGCGGGCAGAGUUUGAGGCGCUGUCGGCCCAAUUCCGGAAGGUGGAGCGCGAAAACGUGGCUCUAAGCAACCAAGUCAACUACCUCCGCCGCUUAAACCAGUCAGUUUCUGCCCGAUCUGGUAGCCCCGCAGGUGAUGAGACCACGCCCAACGAAGGAGCAUCAGCCGGAGCAUUGGCUAUGGAUCCUGAAAUUGUGCCGCAGGUCUACUUGUCUUCACGCCUGGCCGUUGGUCGCGCCAUCGCCAAUGCGUACCAGAACGGCGGCAUUAUGUGCGGUGACAGCGUGGCGCCCGAGUACGAGUCAUUUGCGGCUCAGCUUGCUGACGCUAUGAAGAAGGUUCCGCCUCACAAAGGUGGACUUACUCAGCCCCGUAGUCGCCUUCUCUGUUCACCCCUCUCCCCCCUUGCGCUCCCCUCUGCUUUUCUCUCACAGCAACACCGGCUGCUGCCCAUAGCCUUUCCCUCUCAAAAACCCUCAAACCACCUUCCCUGGCCUCCACUCGGCCCUGUUCUGCUGCCUUUGGCGUUUGUAUCACAACAACCCCGUACCCAACUUCAGUGCUCUCCUUUGCCUUUCCCUAGCAGCAACAUCAUUACCACGAUUAUUGUCUUCCCAUAUUCCCCUUUUGGCUACCCUUUGCCUUCCAUGGCCUCCACCACUCUCCUCACUUUGGCUGCCGUUUGCAUCUCCAUCACAUCAACCUUGUUCCCCCUUCCACUGUCCUCCCCUCUCCUCCAGCCUUUCCCUCACAGGAACCCUGUCCUCAUCUUACCCCCUCUUCUCUUCUCCCCUGUUCUGCUGCCCUUAUCCUUUCCCUCACAGGAACCCUGUCCUCACCUUACCCCCUCUUCCCUUCUCCCCUGUUCUGCUGCCCUUAUCCUUUCCCUCACAGGAACCCUGUCCUGA